AUGUCUCAGAAUUUUAGGGAUAGUCGUAAGACAUCGUACAAAGCAUAUUUCAUGUUGAGAAGCUUAUCCAAAAGCUUAGUCAGUACGAGAUUAAGCGUUCAAUUUACAGCUGAUAUUAUUAUAGCGCUCAUUUUCAUACGACUGUAUCUGACAAGCAGUGGUAUCACUAUCGACAGACAACUUUCAUUGACUGCUGAUGAAAUCCUGGCGAUCUCAAUGAACUCCCAAGAGCGAUUUUGUUAUCCUCUGAUCCUAUUUAAUGAAGAAAUUACACUCUAA